AUGGAGCCGGUGCCACCCCCUCCAGUCUCUCACUUGAAUGGCAACUGGCACUACCAGUUCCGGAUCAUCCUACUGGGGGACUCCACCGUGGGCAAAUCCUCCCUGCUGAGGCGCUACGCGGAGGGGUCCUUCAUCCCGGCUCCCUGCCCCACCGUGGGCGUGGAAUUCUACAGCAAGAUGAUGGAGCUGCCUCCGGGCAUCAAGGUGAAGCUGCAGCUUUGGGACACGGCCGGCCAGGAGAGAUUCAGAUGCAUCACCAGGUCUUUCUAUCGGAACGCCGUGGGAGUGCUGCUGGUGUUCGACAUGACCAACCGUAAGUCCUUCGAGCACAUCAUUGAGUGGUACCAUGAAGUGGCCAGCAUCCAGAUUAUGGAGAAGAUCAUCUUCCUCCUGAUUGGCCACAAAAGUGACUUGAAGUCAGACUGCAAAGUCUCCACUGAAGAGGCAGAGGGGCUGGCAGCCUCCCUGGGCAUCGGCUUCAUUGAAACGUCUGCCAAAAGCAACACCAAUGUGGACUUGGCCUUCGAGACCUUGACCAACACCAUCUAUGAGGCUCUGAAGAACAAGGAGAUCGAUCUGCAGGAAGGCUGGGAUGGGGUGAAGGUGAUUCACAAGAGAACCUGCAACCCCCAGAAGAAGAAGCGAAAACCGCAAGAAAAAUGCCAAUGCUAA